AUGCCGCUUGAGGAACAAACCAAAAUCGCGGAAGCAGCCAUCAAGGCCGGCGUCAAGCGCUUCAUCCCCAGCGAAUACGGCUCAGACUCUUCGCCCAAGAAAGCCCACCUGGAUUGGCUUGCGACGAAGGAAGACCAGAUCAGCUGGACGGCCAUUUGCACCGGUCCCUUCUUCGACUGGGCUGAAAAGACCCGUGAUAUCCUAUGGGCUCAAACUGGGGAUGACCAGCUUCGACCUCGCGAACAAGACUGUCAUGUCACUAUGGUCGACGGCGGCAAAACACGGUUCACGACCAGCAACGUGGCACAGAUUGGACGCGCCAUCGUCUCGGUCCUGCAGCACCCAGUCGAAACCAAAAACCAGCUGGUCUUCGUCGAAUCCUUUACCACGACCCAGGCGGAAGUCCUCGCUGUCUUGGAGAAACUGACUGGCCAGGCUUGGAAGGUGAAGGAAGCUAUCAGAGAGAAUGGCUUGGCCAAGUUCAGCCAAGGGGACUUGAUGGGAGGCGGAGCUGCUGUAAUCAUGGCCCUGGUUCUGGGCGAGGGUGGGCUGGAGGAUCACACCAACGUCGAGGGUGACCUUUGGAACCAGCGUUUGGGGUUGGAGAGUGAGAGCGUUGAAGAGACGGUCAGAGAGGUUCUCCAGCUGUAA